CCUCAUUAUUAGUUGUAUUUGAUGAUAGUGUUUCAAAAACGCAGCAAACAACACGCGAAAAUGGUUUCGCUAAGGCUUUUCUUUCUACCCCUGCUGUGUAUGCUGUCUGCAGUAAUUCAAGCUCAAGCGUUAGAAUGCUACCAAUGCCCUGACUGCGCAAGUGACUAUGAAACUUCAGCAAAAACAUGUCAAGCCCCUGAUAACGGCGGUAGCAGCACCGUACCACCUGUGACCACAAGCCCAGCAGAAACUACUACCAGUAGCCCAGCAGAAACUACUACCACUGGCCCAGCAGAAACUACUACCACUGGCCCAGCAGAAACUACUACUACUGGCCCAGCAGAAACUACUACCACUAACCCAGCAGAAACUACUACCACUGGCCCAGCAGAAACUACUACCACUGGCCCAGCAGAGACGACUACUGCUAUCACAACUGAACCUACCAACACAGAUGAAGACAAUAACGUUGUAACCCAACCUCCUACGCAACAGCAAAGCGAUCCAAUUGUAGUUGAAGCUCAGUCAAGAGUCCGGAGAUCAGCGCGGCAGUUCAGGGCUAAUGCAACAGUAGUGUGCGUUGUUACUUCUUUUCAAGUAAAUGGCACUGAUCAAAUUCAUCGAGGAUGCUCAUUCGGAGAUGGGCUGACAGAUGACGCGAGAUGCAGGAAUGUGAUUGGUAGCAACUUUACAGGAACACUGGGUCGAUGCAACGUGUGCGAGACCGACAGAUGCAACUCUGGAACCAAAGCGGCAAUAGCGUUCGUUCCAUUAUUAAUCGGCAUUUUUAUUCAUUCUUUGUAAGCUAUUCUGUAGUGUAUAAAUUGUAACAUAAUUGUAUCGUCGUCGUCGUUAUCAACCCAUAUACGGCUCACUGCUGAGCUCGAGUCUCCUCUCAGAAUGAGAGGGGUUAGGCCAUUAGUCCACCACGCUGGCCCAAUGCGGAUUGGCAGACUUCACACACGCAGAGAAUUAAGAAAUUCUCUGGUAUGCAGGUUUCCUCACGAUGUUUUCCGUCACCGAUUGAGACACGUGAUAUAAAUUUUUCUUAAAAUGCACACAACUGAAAAGUUGGAGGUGCAUGCCCCGGACCGGAUUCGAACCCACACCCUCCGGAAUCGGAGGCAGAGGUCAUAUCCACUGGGCUAUCACGGCUCACAUAAUUGUAUAAUAACUUUUAAUUCACUAGGCACAAAAAUAAUAGCAAAACAAUGUAUAUGUGGAAUUGAUACAUAUCGAUGGGCUAAAUCUAAAUAAAUACGCAGAAUUUCUCUAUCACGUCUAGUUUUGCUGAUAUUUGUUUUCAUUAAAAUUGUUUACAUUUCGAUACUGACAGUGACAUUUGUGAACAAAUGGUCUUGUAUUUAUCUCUGUGUAUUAUGUAGACAGAGGUAUAUUACCACUAAGUAUAAACGCGAGCGCAGUGCUGACUUAUAAUAUGGCAGUAGCUUACUAAUUUAAAAACAGUUUUUACAUAAUAUUUAAAAAGCUAUAAAGAUAAAAGGGUUAUUUCGUAGUUUUAUUGUUUUAUUGGCAAGGACAAGCUCAAAAACUAGACGUGAUAUAAUCGAUUUGUAAAGAGUUCAGUUCAGCAGGGUGUAGAGACAGUGUCCACUUUAGAUGCAAAUAUACCUACAGUGCUUACUUUUGAAAAUGUGUAACUGUGCAAAUUAGUGCAGGAUUUCUUAAUUUUAUGUCAUCCGGUGUAGUUACCCCAGUCAGAGUUCAUAUGCAUGCCACUAGGCAGCAGUACAGGCACAUCAGGGUUAACAUUUAUGCCUUAGGUUAAGGGGAACUGAGUAGCAUCCAUAUCAUUGUCGCAGGAGUAAUAUAACAUUUAAAUCCCAUAUAGGUAUACUACGUAAUAUAAUUGUGUAAGUAAUGUAGAAAAUAUAAAAUCUUACAUUGAUUGCUGGGAAUCGAACCGCUUAAAAACAGUGUGUUAUUUUGGGAUUAAAAAUAAUCUACAUAGUUAUAUAAAUAUCGUAAAUUAAAGUUGGCAGCUAAGCUUUAAUAUUUUAAAGUAAGAAACUAUUAUGGUAUACAAAUAUGUAGAAUAUUAUUUAAUAUAGUAUAAGCUUUAUAGUCCCAUUUUAAAGUGGCAUGUUUUUAAUAGGCUAAAAAUGACUUUAAAUUUUUGUUUUUUUCUUUGUAUCUACACCUACUUUAUUGUUUUAAAUAAUAAUUAAUGUAACAAUUUAAGAAGGCGUUAGGCGUCAGCCAUUAUGGGACGCCAGCGAAUACCUUGCCUUAAAAUUUCACACAAUUUUCAUUUUGUAAAUAUUAUUAACCAUAAAUUAUUUCUUAAAGUGGUAAAAGAAUUUGAAAAUUCUUUUCUACAAUACAUUCUAUAAUAUUCGGUAUUCUCAUGGGAACAGAAACUAACCGGUAAAACCGUGGGGUGAAGGCUAGUCUAAAAUAUAUCGAAAACGACUGGUCGCAACGGAAUGCAGCGUAAUAAUGAGGCGUUGCUCUAAGAUUACUUCAUUACUUUCGUCUGUUUUAAUUUGUAUAUAGCUGCGUAUUUUUUAAUGUACCUCAUAUUUAAUUUCACGUUUAGCUUUCGGCUGGUGGGAGGCUUCGGCCGUGGCUAGUCACCACCCUACCGGCAAAGACGUACCGCCAAGCGAUUUAGCGUUCGGGUACGAUGUCGUGUAGAAACCGAAAAGGGGUGUGGAUUUUCAUCCUCCUCCUAACAAGCUAGCCCGCUUCCAUCUUAGAUUGCAUCAUCACUUACCAUCAGGUGAGAUUGUAGUCAAGGGCUAACUUGUAAAGAAUAAAAAAAAAAUAGCUCUUAAUUCUAGACAUUAAAUUGAACCCUUCAAAGAUGAUAUCGCUGACGUCCAGAAAGGCCACGCUAAACGCCUAAC